UUCAGACCUGUGGCCAUGUCGAGCUCACCGGAUACAGAGGAUGAGGACAGUUGCAGCUGCUCGGCUGCUAACGUCUGCCCUCUUGUUUCUGCAGCCUUUGAGUUUGGCUCCUUGCUGCAGAUUAACGAGGAGGCCGCGCUGACGGCGGCCCUCAACGACUACCUGACCUCACGCAGCUACCUGGCGGGCUUCGGCCCCUCCCAGGCCGACCUGAGAGCCUUUAGGCUCCUCCCCCAACCCCCCGCCCCGCAGCACGUCCACGCUCUGCGCUGGUACAGACACAUUUCCGCCCUGCAGCAGGACCUGAGCGCAGACGGCAGCAUGAAGGGGAAGCGGGUCCAGCCUCCAUGGUCGCCUCCGGCGGGAACAGAAGUUCCUCAGCUGCGGCUCUACAACAGCCUGACCAGAACCAAGGAGCCGUUUGUUCCCCAGAAGGGCAACAAGGUGACGUGGUACAGCUGCGGCCCCACCGUUUACGACGCCUCACACAUGGGACAUGCCAGGUCCUACAUCUCCUUCGACAUCCUGCGGCGGAUCCUGAGGGAUUACUUCAAGUACGACGUCCUCUACUGCAUGAACAUCACAGACAUCGACGACAAGAUCAUCAAACGGGCCCGGCAGAACUUCCUCCUGGAGCGGUACAGAGAGAAGCGACCGCAGGCAGCUCAGAUCCUGCAGGAUGUCCUGAACGCACGAGUGCUGUUCCGGGAGCAGCUGGCCUCCACCACGGACCCGGAUAAGAAGCAGAUGUUGGAGCGUCUGGACGCCGCCAUCGCCGGCGCCCUGCAGCCCCUGCAGGGGGCGAUGGAGAGCAACGCAGCGGCUGACGUGCUGCAGCCUCUGACUGAGGUUUUGCUGGAGAACUCGAAGGACUUGCUGUCCGACUGGCUGGACAGGCAGUUUGGAAGCGAAGUCACAGAGAACUCCAUCUUCUCCGUCCUGCCGAAGUUCUGGGAGGGGGAGUUCCACAGAGACAUGGAGGCCCUGAACGUUCUGCCUGCCGACGUUCUGACCCGAGUCAGUGAGUACGUGCCGGAGAUCGUGGAGUUUGUGAGGAAAAUCGUCUCCAAUGGUUACGGGUACGAGUCCAACGGGUCCGUCUACUUCGACACCCAGAGGUUUGAUUCCAGUCCGCAACAUUCGUACGCCAAGCUGGUGCCAGAGGCGGUGGGAGACCAGAAGGCGCUGCAGGAGGGAGAAGGCGAUCUGAGCAUCUCAGCAGACAGACUGAGUGAGAAGAAAUCCCAGAACGACUUCGCUCUGUGGAAAACCUCGAAGCUCGGCGAGCCGUCCUGGGACUCUCCGUGGGGGAAGGGUCGGCCCGGGUGGCACAUCGAGUGUUCGGCCAUGGCCGGCUCCAUCCUGGGAGAGUCCAUGGACAUCCACGGAGGAGGCUUCGACCUGCGCUUCCCCCAUCAUGACAACGAGCUGGCCCAGUCCGAGGCGUUCUUCCAGAACGACUGUUGGGUCCGUUACUUCCUGCACACCGGCCACCUGACCAUCGCCGGCUGCAAGAUGUCCAAGUCUCUGAAAAACUUCAUCACCAUAAAGGACGCCCUGGCGAAGAACACAGCGCGCCAGCUGCGCCUGGCCUUUCUCAUGCAUUCCUGGAAAGACACGCUGGAUUACUCGGCCAACACCAUGGAGUCGGCCGUCCAGUACGAGAAGUUCAUGAACGAGUUCUUCCUGAACGUCAAAGACAUCCUGCGGGCGCCGAGCGAUCUCACCGGACGCUUCGAGAAGUGGGAGGCGGAGGAGGCGGAGCUUAACAGCAGUUUCUACGACAGGAAGUGGGCCGUUCACCUGGCGCUGUGUGACAACAUGGACACCCGCAGCGCCAUGGAGGAGAUGAGGCUUCUGGUCGGCCUUAGCAACAGCUACAUCGCCAGCAGGAAGAGCGCCAAGCUGAGGCCCAACCGCCUGCUGCUGGAGAGCAUCGCCUCCUACCUCACCGCCAUGAUGAAGAUAUUCGGAGCCAUCGAAGGAUCCGAUCCCAUCGGUUUUCCAGUCGGAGGACAAGCUGUGGAUCUGGAGAGCACGGUGAUGCCCUACCUGGCGGUUCUGUCCGACUUCAGAGAGGACGUCCGGAAAAUCGCCCGGGAGCAGAAAGUGACGGCGCUGCUGCGGCUCUGCGACGCCGUCCGGGACGACACGCUGCCGGAGCUGGGCGUCCGGCUGGAGGACCACGAAGGUCAGCCCACCGUGGUGAAGCUGGUGGACAAGGAGACUUUACUGAGGGAGAGAGAGGAGAAGAAGAAGAUGGAGGAGGAGAAGAAGCGGAAGAAGGAGGAAGCUGCCAGGAAGAAGCAGGAGCAGGAGAUGGCGAAACUCGCCAAGAUGAAAGUCCCUCCGUGUGAGAUGUUUCGCUCAGAAACAGACAAAUAUUCCAGGUUUGACGAGACGGGUUUUCCCACUCAUGACGCUGAGGGAAAGGAGCUGAGCAAAGGCCAAGCCAAGAAGCUGCGGAAGCUGUUUGAGGCUCAGGAAAAGCUCCACAGCGAGUAUCUGCAGAUGAACCAGAACGGGAACUAGAGUCCACUUCCAUCUAACGCAGCUUCAGCAGGGACUCGGAAAACAACGGACUCGGUUUUAUUCUCCUCAGAUCAGAUCCAGAAAUGUGUAAAUGUGUGAAGGAGGAACGUUUUCACUUCUCACUGCCACUGCCGCUUCGUUUCCAGACUGGGAUCAAACUCAUGAACUUCAUCUGUUUCCAUCAUGCAUUCCGAUCAGCCAUUCAUUCAUUCAUUCAUUCAUUCAUUCAUUCAUUCAUUCAUUCAUCCGGCUGCAAACAGAUUCAAACAAACUGCGACGCCGAGUUUCCAACAGACGAGGAAACUGGAAUCAGGAAAACCUGAGAAGCUGCAGCCAAACCUUGUUCAGAUGUAAAGGAACUGGUGGCAAAAUGUUAAUUUGUGCUGCUUUUGCUUUGAAUAUAUUAAUAAAAGUUUAAAGGUCAAAAGGUCAACCAGCUCCCCCCCCCCCCCCCCCCCCCACAUUACUCAAAUCAAACUAAAUUGGUGUCAAUGUUAUGCUUGAGCUGGUUUGUGUCGCUAUCAUUUAAAAGAUAUUAAUAAAUGUUUCCAGAGGUCAUCAGAGGUCAACCAGGGACCGCCCACAUUUCCAAAACUAAACAAAUUUGGUGUCAGUCAAAUCCGUUACUAUUUUUGCUGGUUUGUGUCGUAAAAUUAUUUUUGUUUUUGCCACCAUCAUUUUAAAAAUAUAAAUAAAUGUUUCCAGAGGUCAUGAAAGGUCAACCAGCUCCUCCACUUUCCUCAAAUAGAAUAAAAAUUGGUGUCAAACAUUUGCAUUGUAUUUUUAUUAAUAUAUUUAAAAGGAUAGCGUCACAAAUGUUUGACAACAAUCUUGAUAGAUUUGGGUAAUGUGGGCGGGGCUUGUUGACCUUUUGACCUUUAAACUUUCUUUGAAAUCUUUAAAGCCAAAGCAGCAUAAAUGUAGUGGCGUUGAUUGACAGCAGGUUUGACUGAUUUGAGGAAAGGGGGGGCUCGGCUCGUUGACCUUUCAUGACCUCUGGAAACAUUUAUUAAUGUAUUUAAAAAGAUAGCAGUACAAACGUUUGACGCCAAUUUCAGUGGAUUUGAAAAAGGUGGAGGGAGAAAACUCACUCAGGUUAGUAUUUGUUGUCAGAAAAGCUUCCAAGUUUUCAUGUUAGUUCUGGAAAAACGUUCCUGGGAUAAAAGCGUCCUGAUGGGAGUAAGAUGGAUAAUAACAGCUUUCCACAAGUCCAGGUCCGUUUUUCUCCAGUCCCGGUGUUGUCUCUGUGAAAACGGAUUGAGUUUGUAUUUGUUGUGGUUCUGCUGAUAAAUCCCAGGAUGUUCCGAACGCAGGAGCUGCAGGAUCCUGGGAACAUCAGCAGGUCUGACAGGACGAGCUGAGCUGUUUUAGUCAACCAUCCAUCCAUUACUGCUAGUAUUUUCUACUGAUUUAUUAGAAACUCGAGGUUCUGUGAAGGCGCCGCUGCAGGUUGUGAAGAAGACGCUCUAAUAAAAACAGUCGGAGACACAGAGGGUGUCUUUAUUUCAGACAA